AUGAGAAGGUUCCUCUUCGUCUCCACUGCCGCUUUUACGUCAGUUGUAUGUCAAUCUCUCAUACCGACUACCGGCUCAGCAGCCUUUCCUGGGUGCGCUGUUGCAUGUCCACUUCUUCACAAGGCGCAGGCGAAUUGCAUCCCUCCAGCGGCACCUGUAACAAACCAAGCCACUUAUAGCUCGUGUUUUUGCCAAUCGACUCUUCUGCGGGCCCUCCACAGCUCUCCCAAUGGAGUCUGCGACGCAGUAUGUCCGCCGGCGGAUCUAAUUACCCUGCAGAAAUGGUAUGCACAGUUCUGCGCAUCAGGCAAUCCGGCUACAACCACCGCCACAUCCAAUGUUCCGGAAUCCCAUCCUAGGACUGGAACAGCUUCAACAGUCACUCAUGAAGCCCCAUCAAGUUGGUUUUCCUCCCACUGGAGAUGGGUGGUGAUGAUAAUCGCACUAGCGGUUGGGUUCACCGUUUUUGCUCUCCUCUUGAUUUAUUUAAAGCGUCGGCACAAGCGUAAGCGAGCAAAUCAACCACCUUUCCCUCCGGCCGUACCUGCUGUGAUCCUCGGAGAUGGCAGUCGGAGUGCCCGUGAACCAACUUCGAGAAAUCUAGUCGCAGCAGCUCUGGCAGACGAUAAAUGGGGUCCACAGCAACAUCUUGCCCAUACACGCGCCCAAGGUCCUGGAAAUGGUGGCUCCACUCCCAAUAUAUCGAACAGAGCAGAAUCCGGACAAUUUACCCGUGCGCCGCAACGGCGGAGUUCACACGGUUAUCGUUAUUGUUUCCAGAACUUUCAAUAA